CAUCCCUGAUUUCCCCCACUCUCUCUCCCUCUCUUCUCUUUACACCAGUCCAGCUUCAACUGGUCUCUUACAAGCGGUUUCUAGCUUCACUAUACACAGAUGCCCACGUAUCCUUAGUACCAUUCAUCGGAAUGUACACAUGACCCAUCUUUUCAAUUAGAUUCAAUCACUCCCAAAAACUGGAACCAUGGUUAUCAAAAAAUCUUGAUUUUGAGUCUUUCUUGAACGCUAUUUUUCUUAUUUUGACUUCAUUUCGAUUUCAUUCUGUUCCCGAGUUGUUAAUUUACAACUUUUUUGAAUAUGUUAUCUGAAAUGGAACGAAGACCGAUCAACGAAGGAUCUUACGGAGACGAGAUGGAACGAGAAAUUACCUUAUUGUUACGCGAACAGCAACGUCGACACGAAUCGGAUGAUCUUGAAAAAGAACUUAAUCUUCAUCGAAGUGGGUCAGCUCCUCCGACCAUUGAAGGUUCACUGAACGCCGCUGGUCGUAUGUUUGGUGGUGGGGGUUCUUAUAAUGAGUUUAUGGAUAAAACCCAGAAUGGUUUUAUGUCUCAAGAGGAGGAGCAAAGGUCUGAUCCUGCUUAUUUAUCGUACUAUUAUUCCAAUGUUAAUCUAAACCCCAGGUUGCCGCCACCUUUGAUAUCGAAAGAGGAUUGGAGGUUUACUCAAAGGAUGCACGGUGGAAGUUCUGCUGUGGGUGGUGGUGGUGUAAUUGAUAGGAGGAAGACUACUGUGGCUGAUGGAAGCAGUGGUGGAGGAGGUAGAUCCUUGUUUUCUAUGCCGCCUGGCUUUAAUUCUAAGAAAGUAGAGAAUGAGUCUGAAAACCUCCAUAGCUCAGCCGAGUGGGGUGGUGGUGAUGGAUUGAUAGGUUUUCCUGGUUUAGGACUUGGUGCAAAACAGAAGAGCUUUGCAGAUAUAAUUCAGAAUGAUCUGAUCCGUUCAACUUCUCCUGCUGCAAUCCCUUCUCGUCCUUCAAGCCGUAAUGCCUUUGAAAAUAUUGAUGCCUUAAGGUCCACUGAAGCUGAGCUUUCUCAUCUGCAUAGCUUGCAAAAUGAAUUGAAUUUAUCUUCUGUCCAAAGUGCAGGCCAAUCUGCAUCGUACUCUUAUGCUGCUGCUUUGGGUGGUGCUUCGUUGUCUAGAAGCACAACUCCAGAUCCCAAAGUUAUUGCUCGAACUCCCAGUCCUUGCCUUCCUCCUAUUGGCGGAGAAAGGACAGGCAUGUUGGAGAAGAAAAAUAUCAUCAAUAAUAUAAACUCAUUCAACUCUGAGACUCCAGAUCUGGUUCAUGCUUUGUCGGGUUUGAACUUGUCAAAUGGUGGACUAGACGAGGAAAGUCAUCUGACUCAGCAGAUUGAACUUGAUGAUGAACGCCAAGAUUAUCUACUCAAUAUGAGAAAUAUUCAGAAUAAUGUUAACAACCAACAUAUGUAUGCUAAGAAACCUGACUUUGGGCAUUUCCAAUCAUCAUCCUCCAUAUACUCUCCCACUAAUUUGCCUUUAAAUGGAUUUCCUUCUUCGCCUCAUAAUGGCAGUACAAGAAAUUUAUCUCCCUUAUACCAGCAUCAUCAGCAACAGCAACUUGAUAGUCCCAAUUCAUCUUUCUUGAACUAUGGUCAUCCCGGUACCUCGACUAUGCCCCCUUUGUAUGAUAAUGCUGCAAAUGCAUCAGGUAUGGCAAUUCCUGGAAUGGAUACUCUUUUUCUUGGUGGAAGUUCUGCAUUAUCAGAGAUGCAGAAUUAUGGUAGGAUGGGAAAUCAGAUGGGUGGAGGUGGUUUUCAGGCAAAUCAAAUUGACCCUUCAUAUCUUCAGUACUUACAGUCAGCUGAAUAUGCCUCUGCACAUGCUGGAAAUCCUAACAACCUUUCAAUGGACCGGAAUUAUCUUGGGAAUUCAUAUGUUGAUUUAGUGAGGAAGGCGUAUGCUGGAGCUAUGCUAUCUCCUCAGAAAUCACAAUAUGGUCUUUCAUCUGGCCCUAAGUUUAGCGGUUCUAAUUACUAUGGGAAUCUAGCUUACAACAAUAAUGUAUCAUAUCCUGGAAGUCCGCGGUCUUCUCCUGUCUUUCCAAAUGGCAGAGCUGGACCUGGUAGUCCUAUGAGAAGCAUAGUCGGGGAUGUAAUUGGACCUUGGAAUCUACAAGGUGGUAGAAAUGUGCAUGAUAACUUGGGAUUCUCUUUGUUGGAAGAAUUUAAGAGCAACAAAACUAGGUCUUUUGAACUCUCUGAAAUUACUGGGCAUGUUGUUGAGUUCAGUGCUGAUCAAUAUGGGAGCCGUUUUAUUCAACAGAAGCUUGAGACUGCAACAAUAGAGGAGAAAAAUAUGGUAUUUGAGGAAAUUAAUCCUCAGGCUCUUACUUUAAUGACUGAUGUGUUUGGAAAUUAUGUGAUCCAAAAGUUCUUUGAAUAUGGUAUGGCAUCACAGAGAAGAGUAUUGGCUGACAAACUCUUUGGUAAUGUGCUAUCACUUGGCCUUCAAAUGUAUGGUUGCAGAGUGAUUCAGAAGGCUAUUGAAGUUGUUGAUCUGGACCAAAAGAUAAAAAUGGUUGGAGAGCUUGAAGGUCAUGUGAUGCGGUGCGUUCGUGAUCAAAAUGGUAACCAUGUGAUCCAGAAAUGUAUUGAAUGUGUUCCUGAAGAGCAUAUCCAGUUCAUUGUUACCACUUUUUUUGAUCAAGUUGUCACCCUUUCAACUCAUCCAUAUGGAUGCCGUGUCAUACAGAGAAUCUUGGAGCACUGCAAGGAUCCAAUGACACAGAGUAAAGUGAUGGGUGAAAUUUUAGCAUCUGUUAGCAUGUUGGCACAGGAUCAAUAUGGCAAUUAUGUUGUUCAGCAUGUGCUGGAGCAAGGAAAUGAUAAUGAGCGUUCAACAAUAAUUAGAGAGCUAGCCGUGAACAUAGUUCAAAUGAGCCAACAGAAGUUUGCAUCCAAUGUCGUCGAAAAGUGUCUGUGUUUUGGGGAUCCUUCUCAACGACAACUUCUUGUCAAUGAAAUGCUUGGCACCACAGAUGAAAAUGAGCCACUUCAGGCCAUGAUGAAAGACCAGUUUGCAAAUUACGUUGUACAGAAGGUUCUGGAAACUUGCGAUGAUCAGCAGCGCGAGCUUAUCCUGUCACGAAUUAAAGUCCAUCUGAAUGCCCUGAAGAAAUAUACAUAUGGGAAACACAUUGUGGCUCGUGUAGAGAAGCUAGUUGCUGCUGGAGAGAGGAGAGUUGCAUUGCAGCAUUCUUCUUCAUAUCUCGCAGCUUAGACAUUAGUGCCAAAAAAGAGGUUGUACAGCUAACAGAGGCUAGUUUGCGCUCUCUCUAUCUCUAUAUAUAUUUCUCGAUCUCACCUUUUAGGAUAGGUUGGUUGGGGAGCUGAAUAAGAAAAACUGUACUUUUUCUUUGUGAAGUUUUAAAUUUGAAGGAUUUAUUUAUAUAAUAAUUAUAUAUAGAGAAUGAGUUGAAGAACAAGUCGAGGCUCAAUGAGAUUCUACAGAGGAAAAUUGAUUUGCAUGUACUUAGUAGCUUCGAGAGUGUAAAGAAUACUUGCUAGCUACUUAACGCUGUAAUUUUAUCGUGUGACUGUACAAAUGUUGGCAUGACAUAUGGUCAAGUUAUCUUUUGAGAUCUUUUUCUGUAUGAUAAAAAUACAGUUGUUUUUUGUUC